CCCCUUUGUUGGCAUCAGUAGUUUGCUGGUAAUCGCGGUGGGUGCGUGCUUGGAAAUGGAUCUUGAGAAUGUCCUGGACAAGUGCGGUAGCUUUGGCCCCUACCAGAUUCUUAUGCUAGGCCUCUUCGGAUAUACAAACAUUGUGUCUUCCUUGCACUACUUCUCACAGACUCUCAUCAGUUUUACGCCUCCCUUCAGAUGUUCUCUGUCAACUGCAGAUUUUUCGGAGAAUAUUACCUCACUGGAGGCUUGUACUUUUACGCUAAAUGAUAGUCAAGUUUCGAAGUGCAACUCUUGGCAAUAUGAAAGGGAAGAAAACUAUGAGAGCAUCACAACCGAACUUAAUUGGGUUUGCGAUGAGGCCUUCAACCUGGCUGUGGGUCAAUCAUUUUUCUUCGUGGGAUCCGUAAUGGGAAGCAUCUUCUUUGGAUACCUGGCGGAUCGCAUUGGAAGACUGCCGGCCUGCGUUUUGACCACCUUGACAGGGGCAGCUGGAGAUUUUUUAACCUCUUUUGUGAGUGAUCUGCCAUGGUUUUCAUUUGCGCGUUUCGUUUCCGGACUUUCAUUGGACACUCAGUAUGUCCUGAUGUAUAUUUUGUCUUUCGAGUAUUUGAGUCCUAAACAUCGCACGUUUGGAUUGAACAUUAUCCUGGCCCUGUUUUACUGCUUCGGUCUGAUGAUCUCGCCAUGGAUAGCCAUUUGGCUGGGAAGCUGGAGAAAAUAUCUUUGGGCCACAUCCCUACCAGCUCUGGGAAUGCUUAUUUAUCCGUUUUGUCUUCACGAAAGUGUCGAAUGGCUGGUGACCAAGGGAAAAUUCGAUAAGGCCGCCAAAAAUCUCCGCAGCAUUGCCAAAAUGAAUGGCCGUAAAGUGGAUGAUGCUGUUUUUGACGAGUUUAUCAAAUAUUACACUUUAAAGCUAAAAAGUGAUCAGAAAACAAACAAAGACACAUUCAUGGGAAUGCUGAAAACGCCUAGGCUCAGGAGGUUUACAAUUACCCUUCUAAUCAAAUCAGUGAUAAUCACAAUGGCGUUUGAUAUCCUGAACCGCAAUGUUGAGGGCGUAGGCACUUCUCCCUUCAAGCUAUUCUCCUACACAGGAUUCUGUUACCUUCCAGCAGGUCUAUCCCUUAUUCUAUUCCAGAAUAGAAUUGGACGAAAAGGAAUGGCAUUUGCCUCUCUUUUCGGAGGUGCCAUUAUCACGGCUGUUACGGGUUAUCUUGUGGGCACCCUCGAUGCGACGGAGUACUCCCUGCUCCUGGCCUUCAUGGUGGGCUUGGGCCGCUUCGGAGGUUCGGUCGCCUACGAUGCAGAGGCUCAGUAUGCGGCGGAGAUCAUACCGACCAGCGUCCGGGGCAGAGGAGUAGCCAACAUUCAUGUAAUAGGUUAUGGAUUCGGGUUCUUCAGUUCAUACAUCAUCUAUCUGGGCACAAUUUACAAGCCCCUGCCUUCGUUCCUACUUAGUGUUUUGCUCUUCAUUGGAGCCGGCUUGUGCCUCACUCUACCCGAGACUUUAAACAAGAAACUUCCACAGACUUUGGAGGAGGGAGAAGUAUUUGCCAAAGGCGAGAAGUGGUACUACUUUCCUUGCUUUUCCCGCCAAAAUCGGGCCAACAAACCCGAAUCUCAGUUGGAGUCUGCUCAUUAGAUUAUAAAAUAGUUUUACUAAGUCAAUAAAAUAAUAAAAAACGAA